ACUGAGACCUCAUUCUCUCACCCAGUCUACAACAUAUAAAAGUAUGUAACCAAACAUACCAUUAUUCUUGCAUACAUAUGCAGCAUUAGUAGGGGUCCCCAACCCUACAAAUCCUCCUCUCCCUCUCCUGCAUCUUCAAAAUUCUUUCCUAAAAACACUUGAGUUUGUGCACUUGUCAAUAAGAUAAGCAAAGAAAGAUAGUCAUAUAGCAGCUAUGAAGAUGACCUUCACAAAGUCUUGUCACUUAUUCUUCCUGUGCUUCAUAGUGCCCCUUCUUGUAUUCAGUGAUGUGGAACUGCCUCAAGGUCCUAAAACUCACAUUCUGCAUGCUUUCCAUGAAGGCAGAAACGGGUCCAUAACAGUGUCAGUAAAAGCAGAAGAACAUGCACACUCCACCUCCAGCAAAAUUUGGUUGCAUGGUUCUUGCACAAAAAGAGACAUAAGUAUAUCACAAAGCAGAGGUUCUACAUCUGGAAUUCCUCAGUACAUUGUGCAGAUUGUCAACACAUGUGUUUCUGGAUGUGCUCCUCAUGACAUUCACCUCCAUUGUGGCUGGUUUGCUUCAGCAAGAAUCAUCAACCCCAGAGUGUUCAAGAGACUAUCCUAUGAUGAUUGCUUGGUCAAUGGAGGGAACCCUUUAGAAUCAAGUCAGAUCAUCAGAUUCACUUAUUCCAAUUCCUUCAUGUAUCCACUUGCAUUCAAGUCUGCUCAAUUUUGCUGAGUCCAACUCAAAAGAAGAAGAAUCAAUUAUGAAACUCAGAAGCUGGUGACUAAAGUUCGUCCUCAAAACUGAUUUUGUCUUCAAAAUCAAUUGUAGAAGAAUUUUCAAACAUGAUAUGCCAAAAAUGAUAGCUAGUCAAGUAACAACACCCUUGUUUUACCUUUAGCAGUUUGUGAGUUAGGCACAAAUUAAAGUCCCACCUUUUAUCAAAAGCUUGCAUGUUUUUGAAAAUUCUCCUGUAAUUUAUUUUUAAAGUCCAAAACAAUUCGGUGGGAGAAGCUUGGAGAGUAGUUUCUAAGUUUUAGAAUUGAUUCGAACGGAGAGAAAGGAAGUUGAUACAAACAUGCUAACAACUUGUAGCAUCUGUGUGAAAGUGAUGAAGUGGUUCCAAACAGGUUGUUUUGUCAUUUUGAUAUGUAAAUGUAUAAUGA